CAACCCUUAUCUAAAUGAGCAACUCUAUAUUCAAAAAGCAACAUACAGCUUCUAGGUGGAGCUGAGCAGCUUAUUGAAGAACACUAUUCAGGCAUAUCGUGUAACUUUACUUUCUCUGUUUCUGAAGACAAAGAAGCACAGGAACUACAACAUGGGAAGAAAAUCUCUAUACCUUUUGAUUGCAGGGGUCUUUGUUGCAUACUACAUUUAUAUACCUCUCCCAGAUAAUGUAGAGGAGCCAGGAAGAAUUAUGUGGAUGAAUACAUACAUGAAAACUUUUACACAUUUGGCUACGUUUAUUGAGCUGCUCGGACUAAAUCAUUAUAUGGUGAUCUUUGGGUUUUUUAUGAGCUUUGAUGAAGUCCCACCAACCUCAGAUGAAAAUGUCACUGUGACUGAGACACAAUUCAACAACAUUCCUGUUCGUGUAUAUGUGCCAAAGAGGAAGUCAGAAGCACUAAGAAGGGGAUUGUUUUACAUCCAUGGUGGUGGCUGGUGUUUGGGAAGUGCUGCUUUACGUCAUUAUGACUUGCUGUCAAGAUGGACAGCAGAGAGACUUGAUGCUGUAGUCAUAUCCACCAAGUAAGAGCCACGUGGUUUUGUUUUCAGGUCAGAUGCCAGGUGCACCAACUCCCUCAGCUUUCUUAGAUGACAAACGAUUAUGCAAAAAAUACGUGUUUCUCAGAUUAUACUAAGGAGGUGAUUAAAAGUGAAAGCUAGGUCUACCCUAAGUAGAGCUGAGAAAAAAGUGUGUGUGCACGCAGGCUGUGUGAUUUAGGUAAGAAGAAAGAGCUAACCAUAAAGAAUAUUCUUUUCACAUAAAUUUAAAUUGUAUCAUCCAUGGACCUGAUUAUUUGCAAUAAAUAUCCUCUCAAGCUUUA